UAAGCACCACACUUUGUCUUCUCUUGUGUUUCUGAGAAAAGAGAUCAACCAUGGAAUUUCCCUUCAACCAUGGCCAGCACUCUAACGUUACCCACACCCACCAUCAUAGGAGGGAUGAUGAUGAUGAUGAUAAUAGAGAAUCUCGGAUUUACCCUCCACCAGUCAACGCCUUCUCUUCCUUUGACAACCCUCCACCACCACAACCACCCUUCUUCGGUGUAGCUGAGCCACCACCACCACCACAUCAGCCAGAGACCCAUGUAUACCACACAUCUCAUGUAACAUCAGGACACGUGUCCCAUGACUUCAAUUACUCUCCACCUCCUCCUCAUGUUCCUUCCUAUCACCAUGAAUCUGAAUCACCUGAUCCCCGCUUCAACCAUGGUUACCCAUCAGGACCAGCUGUAGCUGAUUACUCCCCUCCAUUUCCCAACGCUACUGUGCACCAUGUUUCUCACGAGACCCACCAUCCCCAUCCCCAACGCGUCCAUGUUCCCACCAACGUUCACCAUGUCAGCCAUGAGGUUCACUCUAAUCUCUCCACCAAACCCACUUUCAGGGUUGUCACCAAGGCAGGACCAAAUUACUGUCUUACCAUUCGCCAUGGGAAUGUCAUUCUCACACCAUCCAACCCCAGCAAUGAGUACCAGCAUUGGUACAAGGAUGAGAAGUUCAGCACCAGGGUGAAGGAUAAAGAGGGGUGUCCAGCUUUUGCUUUGGUCAACAAGGCCACCGGUGAGGCCAUUAAGCAUUCCAUUGGUGCCACUCAUCCAGUUCGGCUGCUACCUUACAAUCCAGACUAUCUUGAUGAGUCUAUUCUGUGGACUGAGAGCAGGGACCUGGGUGAUGGCCACAGAGCUAUAAGGAUGGUCAAUAAUAUUCAACUUAAUAUGGAUGCUUAUCAUGGUGAUAAGAACUCUGGAGGUGUGCGCGAUGGCACUACUAUAGUCCUCUGGGAGUGGAACAAAGGUGAAAACCAGCGAUGGAAGAUCUUACCCUACUGAGUGCAAUUGACAGAACUGUUAGUGGCUCUGAAGAUGCGUUAUCUUUAAGUUUUAGCUCUUCUGUUUGACUGGUUUGUGCUUGUAUGUUUAAUACAUUGGUAUGUUUUAGAGUAUAAAUGGUUUCUGUUAGUGCUUCUGAAGAUGCAGUUACUGGUACCAGACAACCAGCUGUAGAUUAUUCAAUAGAAUAAGUGUGUUUAUCUACUACAUACUUGUAUGCAAGGUGCUGAUUGCCAUAUAAUGGUAUACAGCUAUGUGUCACCUUAUAUCUUUAAUGUCAUUCAGUGUGAACCAUCACUGUUGUUGUUAUAUCUAUCAGACUAUCACUAUUUAACUAGCAUGUGG